CCCCAUCUGUGUAGAUAACGUACAGCAUGAAAGGAAAUCGAAGCUCAACCGUUCUUGUCAAAGUAUGUGAGCUGAGGAGUUUGAAAUUUAUUAAUGGAGAGUGGCCAUAGGUGCCCUUCCCUUCCCUUCCCUUGCCAGGCCAACUUGCUUUAGAAGACCACAUGCGCUCUCUCAAUUACUAGAAAGAGAAAUUGGAGAGCCCAUGGUGAAAGAUUGUAGAGAGAGAGUGGUAAUAAACAGUGACUAGAUAGAUGGAUACAUAAAGUUGAUGCCCCCAUAGCCAAAAGAUAGAACAUCAACAAGUCAAUAUCAAUCCACUCGGUCGGGAGGCUCCCCAACUUGCAAGGCUUUAAGACGAGAGAGAAAGAAAAUACCCGAACCAGACAAUUCAUGGCGGUGUGUGUCUGUCUGUCUAGUCUAGGCUAUGUAGGGUUUAGCCGAACCAUAAAAACCACCACCAACACCCCCAUUCUUCUUUGACCAAACACCCCCCUCGCUCAUGCGUGUAUAUUUCUAGUGGGCCCUACUUCCCAACCAGCGGCGCCAUCAGUCUUUACUUGGUUUCCAAGCUCAUCCACCUCCCUCUCUCCCCAAUAUUUAUCACUCUAUAAACGAAUCCGAACACCAUUCUGUUCACUUCUCCCUCUCUCCAUCGCCCCUUUUCUUGCUUCGAUCUCGUGUUUUUUAUUCUCCUUAACAAGCUAAACAUCCAAAUUUAAAUCCCCACCAAUCACAGCCCAUACUCGCCCCCCCCCCCCCCCCCCCCCAAAAAAAAAAAAUAAAAAAAACCAAACUAAUAGUAAAUAUUAAAUGAACAUGAAAGGUGAAUACGUAGAACGCCAUCAAGCAAAGCAUGAAAAUACUCCAAACAUGUUCUCCGAGCUCAACCCUCACCACCAACACCUUCCCUUUUCCCAACACUUUCAACUCUCUCGUGAAUCCGAAGAGGAAGAUACUCGUAGUACUGGUGCCGCCACAACACCAAAUCCCAUCCCCACCUCUCAAAAACUCAACGAACUCAACAGCAGCGGUGGCACUGACGGUGCUACUAUUGAAGUAGUUCGUCGGCCCAGAGGCAGACCGCCCGGUUCAAAGAACAAACCCAAACCACCCGUUAUUAUAACCCGGGAACCUGAACCAGCUAUGAGUCCUUACAUCCUAGAGGUCCCAGGUGGAAACGACGUCGUUGAAGCCCUAUCCCGUUUCUGUCGCCGAAAAAACAUGGGAAUCUGCGUUCUUACAGGAACCGGCACGGUCGCUAACGUCACUCUGCGUCAGCCAUCGACAACACCAGGAACUACUAUCACUUUUCAUGGAAGAUUUGAUAUUUUGUCAAUUUCGGCGACUUUUUUGCCUCAAACAACGUCCUAUCCACUGCCUAAUAGUUUUACCAUUUCACUUGCGGGUCCACAGGGGCAGAUCGUCGGAGGGAUUGUUGCUGGAGGUUUGGUGGCUGCUGGUACUGUUUUUGUUGUAGCGGCUUCGUUUAAUAAUCCGAGUUAUCACCGGUUGCAGGUUGAGGAGGAAGGGAGGAAUUCUGGGUCUGGUGGUGGUGGUGGGGAAGGGCGAUCACCUGUGUCGGGUGCAGGUGGGGGAGAAAGUGGACACGCGGCAAGUGGAGGAGGAGGAGGAGGAGAGUCUUGUGGGAUGGCUAUGUAUAGUUGUCAUUUGCCUGCUAAUGAUGUGAUUUGGGCGCCCAGCGCCAGGCAGCCGCCACCAUCGCCUUAUUAAUGUGAAUUAUCAUGUAGAUGAUCAGGGUCAAUCAAUAUUUUAUUUCAGCUUUUAGGAAGUUUGAUUAUGAAGAAUUGUUUUUCUUUUUUUUUUUAAUUUUGAGUUUUUCUCUGUAUAUGUUAACCAAGUCGUUAAGUAGCUAUUUUAGUUUCAAUGGAACGAAAGAGGAACAGUGCUGCUAGUUUUCUUUCCUUUUAGCAAAGUGGCAAUGUUCCUUUUUUUCUUUUAAAGAAAUGGGAGUGCAUAAAGAAACUGACUGGUGUGGUGUAAGAGGGCGGCAUGCAUGUCAAAAUCAUGAGUAACUUCUGUUUUACAUGGUGGGAUUUAACGAGGGCAUGUUUGCUUCGAAGUUUGAGAUGGUGAAGCAAUUUAUCUCCGCCAUCUGCUGCGGUAGAUAUGAGAUGGUUGUUGCUUUCUGCUCUGAAGAAACUGCACCGCUGGAUAAAAAGAUGAUGGUUCUGCUCGAUUGAUAUUUUGCCGCUUAGGUUCUUGAUUAAAAUGAAGCGUAUGCCAGUAGAGAACGGGGCUAGGGCUUAUGCUUUUAUCCGAUACUUUUUUUCUCUCUUCCCGUCUUUUCUUCUUUGAUCCAUUUGUACUUUGUUUUGUCUCUUUCUAUCUGCUGGCUUUUUCUUUUUUUUUUUUGGCCUUUUACGAAAACAAAAAUAUAAUGAAAGCCAAGAUAGGUUUCUCUCUC